ACGCUGGCGAGUUAAGACCGACCCGGCCCAACCCAACCGAGGAACCCCAGGGCCAUUCAGACGUCACCCCGCACGCCACGCACAAGCGACGACCCCUCCCUCCUCCGCCGCCGCCCUAGGGUUCCGGCGAUGGCGCACGGCGGCCAGCCCCGCCGCGCCCCGGCCGCACGCCGCCCCAAGCCUUCCGCGUCCGCGCCCGCGCCCGCCGCCGACCGGAAGCGGAAGCGCGGCGCCGUCUUCAAGACUGCCACGCUCAAGAAUCAGAUUCGCUCCACCGAGCGCCUCCUCCGCAAGGACCUUCCUCAUGACAUGAGGGUUGCUCAAGAGAAGAAAUUGGAAGAACUAAAGAGACAGCAAGAGAAACAGACUCAAGAGGCCAUGCAACGAACAAUACAGUUGAGGGAUAGAAAGAUAAAGUUUUUUGAGAGGCGAAAGAUUGAGAGGAUGAUAAGGCGUCUUGAUAAACAGCAACGUUUAAAUGCUGAUGAGGCCAGCAACAAGUUGGCAACAUUGCGAGAAGAUCUUGAAUAUGUUAGAUUUUUCCCAAAGAAAGAAAAAUAUUUCCCUUUAUUCACCGGGGGUAAUACACCAGAUGUUGUGGAGAAAAGGAAUACAUGGCGUAAACAGAUCAAGGAGAAUCUCAUCGCGGCUGCAGCAAAUGGAAAGGACUUAGAAGAGACAGCCAGUGACGAUGACACCUUGGAUGUGAGUGAAGAUGAUUUCUUUAUGUCUGGAAGUUCAAGUGAUGAAGAGGCAGAUGAUGAGCUUACCGAUAAAAGUACAAAAGAACCUGGUGCUUCAGCUAGGGCAGCGUCUGGUAUGUCGAGUGAUGAAAAGAACCAGCGGCAGAGAGAUGCUCGAGUGCUUAUGCCACCACCUCGCUCAUUACCACCUAAUAGAGCUAGAUCUGCGGAUAAACGUGCGGUGUCCAGCUCUAGCAAUGCUUCGACCAGCACAAGCGGUAACUCAUUCAAAAAUAGGAGAGCAUCCAAUCUUUCUGGAGAUCACAACAGCACUCUGAGUUCAAAUUCUGAUGCUCAUAAGCCACGCCGCAAAAGGAGACCGAAGAAAAAGAAGCAGGCAUGAAUGAAUAUUCCGAUCCUCCAGAAGAGCAGAAACCAAGAUCUGUUCCAUCCCAAAGCGCGGCUUCAUUCAUGGCUCGUCGAUUCGAAAAGGGAGAAAGAAACCCAGCAAAAGUGUGCCUGAGCAAGCAGUUGAUUUUGUACGCUCGCUCUCUCUGAUGUAAAAUGAACCCUCCCCUUCCUCCCGUCGCCCCGCCCCCGUUUGUCUUACAGAUACAGAACAACUUACCGUCGUAAACACCCGACAUUGCUCGUUCUUAUCCCUGAGUAUGUCUUCAACUCUUUA